CACUUGUGCGCUGGCCGUCGGGAGCAGACGGUCAAUAAGACACGUCGAAACCUUCAGGUAACAGGCGCUACUUAAGCUGAGGGCUCCUCAGAUUUUACGACCAUUCCCGCCGUCAUGUCUCUCGAUCUCCAGCCAUUCAUAUCCUUGUAUCGAUAUGCUCUUCAACCAAUAGCACCAUUCACCUGGUUUGGAACUAACGUCUGCUCCCUCGACCUGGUAGCCGCCUUCCGGCUUUGCAUCGCCUUGAGACAGAUCAGGGAAAGCUUGCAUGCCACCGCUGGAGACAGUAGGCUUGUGCGUGCAGAGGAGAGGUCCUUUGUAAGAGACGCAUGUGCCACGCUGACGAUUGUAUUUGGAGGAGAGGCUAUCAUAGGCUCUCUACUUGGUGUUCCGCCAUCUUUCAUGCUCUCAAGUAUUUCCCCCGGUAUCUACAUCGCCACACAGGCAAUUGUAGAGUAUAUCCCUGUCCUGCCGUCAAUGUCACUCAACACCGAGUUCCCUUUAUCCUUUGUCGACGGAUUUACGCGCGCAAUGCUCCUCUGCAGUCUCGUACCACCAUCCGUCAUCACCCACACGUCCCCCGCUAUCGCAUCCUCCCCAUGGACUCUCCUGCUCUCUUCUCUCGUGAUCGCCAAUGGCGGCUUUUUCAUAACAAACAUGUUCUCCUUCAUUGAGCCUACCCCGCUUACGCUAACGACCCCCGCCGAACUUAAGCCCUAUGGCUGGACGGCUACUGACCUCUGGUGUGCCCCGCUCAUCACAGGGCUCUAUGCCCUCUUCACACACGCCCAGCCAUUCUGGGCGGAGCUCCAUGGCGUGAUUUCGACCGUCCUCGGGAGCGCGGGCGAUAAAGUCGAGCCGAUGGACCCUGAGUCCGCUCGCGCGUUAUGUGCGCUCAUUCUCGCAGGGAUGUUCUCCAUUCGAACUGCGAAGAACUUUGGGCUUAUCUGGAAGAGGAGUGUAGUAGAGAAGAUUAAGACACAGUGAAUACCCACCAUGAUAUAUUGGUUUUAUACCAGAAGCUAUAAAUAUACACAAUAUAGACCGAGAGUGGUUUAGCAAUGGUUACAGCAACGACACAUAACUGCAACUCUAGAUCUACCCGGUGUCUACUAUUAUGUGUCACC